UUCUCUAGAGAGAGAGUUCGUAAUCAAAGCUUGCAAAUUUGUGAGAAAUUCUAAGAGGGUUUUGGAUUGAAUCGGCGAUUCAUAAUCCAUAGAGAAAUGGUUUGUGAAUUCCAUUUCUAACAUAUAUUCGGGAGGUUGAAGAAGAAGAAAAAGAUUGUAUGCUUUAUAAUUAUGGUGGGGAGGUUUGAUUUUGAGUGAAUUUCAAGUUAUAAAGUUGAUUUACUGAGAUUUGGGAAACAGAGAAAACUAAAGCUUUAUGGCAAAGGGUAAUUGAGUUAUGUUGCUGUUUUAAGGAAAAUGGAUCCUCAAAUUUUCAUUAGAUUAUCUAUAGAUUCCUUAGGAUUGAGAAUUCCCGGGACAACAGCAACAACAAAAUCGGGGAUUCGUAUAAUUUCUUCACCAUGUUCAUGCGAAAUUCGCCUCAGAGGUUUUCCAGUUCAAACAAAGUCAGUUCCCUUUGUUUCAGUUUCCGAAGCAAUACAUCCAACCAAUGCUGCUUCUUCAAGCUUCUAUCUUGAAGAAUCUGAUUUAAAAGCAUUAAGAACUCCCAAUUGUUUUUAUGCUCCUCAAGGAGGGUUUCUGGAGAUCAUCGUUUUCGCAGGUAGGAAAGGUUCUCAUUGUGGUGUUGGGAUCAAAAGACAACAAAUUGGAACUUUUAGAUUGGAAAUAGGGCAAGAAUGGUGUUUAGGGAAGGCAAUGGUUCUCUGUAAUGGCUGGGUUGGUAUUGGGAAGAACAAUGGAAAGCCCGAUGCUGAGCUUCAUUUACGGGUCAGGUUGGAUCCAGAUCCGAGAUUCGUUUUUCAAUUUGAAGACGAGAUUAAGCUUAGUCCUCAAGUUGUUCAACUUCGAGGUUCGAUCAAGCAGCCGCUUUUUAGCUGCAAGUUUAGCCGAGACAGAGUAUCUUCAAUUGACGGUUCCGAGCAAGAUACAGGCAAACGAGAACGAAAAGGAUGGAAGGUGAAGAUACACGAUCUCUCUGGCUCGGUUGUGGCUGCAACAUUUAUAACCACACCCUUCGUACCAUCAUCUGGCUGUGAUUGGGUUGCUAGGUCCAACCCGGGAGCUUGGCUAAUAGCGCGUCCCGAUGCAUGUCGUCCCGAGAGCUGGCAUCCCUGGGGAAAACUCGAAGCCUGGCGUGAUCGUAGUGGGACCCGUGACGCUGUAUGUUGUCGUUUCCGCCUCCUAUCAGAGAAUCUCCCGGAAGAUGGGAAAGAUGCCUUAGUUUCUGAAGUUUUAAUUAGUACGGAAAAGGGUGGCGAGUUUUUCAUCGAUACUGAUAGGCAUCUCCGUGCUGGACCGACGCCGGAUAUUAGUGGCGGAGGGUUUGUGAUGAGUUGUAGAGUUCAAGGGGAAGGGAAGAGUAGUAAACCGAUGGUUCAGCUGGCGAUGAAACAUAUUACUUGUGUGGAAGAUGCAGCGAUCUUUAUGGCAUUGGCGGCUGCAGUGGAUCUAAGUAUCGAGGCUUGUCGACCUUUUAGGAAAAAGUUGAGGAUUAGAAGAGGAUACACCAAUUCAUGGUAAUUGAAUCUUUAUAUAUUAUCCAUUGCUGACUUACUGAUUAUAGUUUGAAGUUAUGAUGAUACAUAUGUUUUUAUGCAAAUUGUGAUUGAGGAUUAGAACAGGAAACUAACAUUAAUGGUUUAUUGACUUUAUUAUUCUCAAAUCUUUAUUUUCUCCA